UCUCUCUCUCUCUCUCUCUCUCGUACAGACAUAGGUACAACCUAUUGUCUAAAUUCUUAUGUCUCAUGAGAGCCUCUGGUGGACUCUAGGACGCUUGAAUCUAUUUUGUAUGCUUGUUCUUUCUUCUUCACAUGCUCAUGCUUCUUCUUUUAGAGGCUCUUGUUUGACCUGAGUCUGAGUUGUCAUUUGGGUUUCCUUUCUUUUAGCUAAUGGAUUGAAGAUUUCUUGGUUCCCUCUAGUGAAGUGGCUUGUUCUAUGUGAAUUGACAUCUCUCUCUCUCUCUCUCUCUCUCUCUCUGUCUCCUCCCCGGUGGGGUUUGAAGUGGGUUUGCCUGUUUACAUGUGAUUAGGUUGAAACCGAGAGAUAUACUUGCUUCUCAAAACAUAGUCCCAACUUACUUUCGAGGAACUUCAGGAUGCAAACUCUUUGUUUCAAAGAACAUGGAGGAAUUGCCCGUAAUCAUAUUUCUCAGCUGUCUCCGGUUACUCCCAUGCCCUGGUGGAGUGCUGUUGGAUCACAACCGGCCUCUGGAGAGCCAUUUGGCCAACUGAAGUCUUUAUCGGCGGAUCAUCCCAGUGGUGGAGACCAAUUAACAGAUGCUUCUCGGCAAGCUCAGCGGGGUGUGGAACAAAGUACUGCUCAGUUUACUAUCUUAUCUGUUUCUCAUCCAGGUGAUAGCAGGGAUUCUGGGAAGGGGCAAAAAACUCAGCAAAUUCCAUCAGCCAUUUCUCGACAAUCAUUCCCACCUGAUUAUCAAGCGUGUAUUGAAUUGGGGCUUGGUCAGCCUAUGGUUUGUGCAAAUUACCCUUAUAUGGAUCAAUAUUAUAGCAUAUUUGCAACUUAUGGAUCUCAACCAACGGGUCGGGUGAUGUUGCCACUGAAUAUGCCAGAAGAUGGACCCAUCUAUGUUAAUGCCAAGCAGUACCAUGGAAUACUAAGGCGUAGGAAGUCUCGUGCAAAGGCAGAGAUGGAGAAUAAGUUGAUCAAAGUUCGGAAGCCAUAUCUGCAUGAAUCACGCCAUCUCCAUGCAAUGCGUCGGGCAAGAGGAUGUGGUGGCCGCUUCCUGAACACAAAGAGUUCAAAGGGUGGGAAUGACACAGGCAAAACAGGCAACAGCCAACCCUUUCAGUCUUCUGGAUCCCCAAGUUCUGAAGUUCUGCAAUCUGAAAGUGCAAACGCAAACUCAUCGAAGGAGGCCUCUGGUGGUGGAUCAAGUCUAUCAGGAUCAGAGGUGACUAGCAUGUACUCUAGAGGGGAUUUUGUUUGUUUUCAGAUUGAUCGUCUCCGUCCAUCUACUUUCCACUCAGAUAUCAUUGAUAGUGGACAGGGAACUGGGAUACCCAACAAAUGGGUUGCAGCAGCAAAUGGCUGUUGCAACCUCCUUAAAGUUUAAAUGCAAGGUGACAAAUGGGGUUGUACGAGUUGUAUCAUCAGCUUGUUUGAGCUCUGAUAAGAAAACAGUCAGCAAGCUCGAGAGCUGAGCAUCAUCCCACAUAAACAACCCCAUCCUUGCUGCAACUGAAUGGAGGAGCUCUGUUGCAGUGCUAUCUCUGGUUACUGCAACAGGUUUCGGUCAAGGGAUGGUCCCCACCACCAUUUGGUUGUUAUUAGGCAAAUCAUUCUUGGCUUGUUUGCAUUAAGGUCUCCGUCGCUCAAAGCAGUCUCACCAUCUCAGGGCUGUCAAAAGUGACAAGGUCCUUGAUGUAUUGUAAAAAAAAAAAAAAACUGAACCAUUUGUUAGUCCCCACUGGAUUUGUUAUGGUGAUUUAUGAGUUCAAAGGACAUGAAGGUGUGUUUCAGUUGUGUUUAUGAUCCUCAAAAUGAUGUUGAAAAUGUGUGGUUUUGUGACUUAUCUAACUUUAAUGGCCUUAGACUUACUGAUUUGUGAAAUAAUGUAUGAGAAGACCAUUUGUUCUGUUAUUUA